AUGUUGCCAGACACGCUGAAUAUAUACAUCGAGGAGAACACCUUCCGCUUGGAACCCCUCUUUUCCGACCACCGAAAAUCGCCACAUUGGGCUGAGAUAGACCGUGUUACACAUACUAUAAAGCCGGUAGAAGCAGCUGUACUGUCUGGCCACAAUGUGCGCUGUGUGCAUGGAGUCCUAGGUGUGCUUCGUUUGCCCUCAGGCCCUGUAUUGUUAGUAGUUACGGCUAAGAGCGCGAUUGCCGGACGGGUGAGAGGACAUACGCUAUGGAGGGUUAAUGAUGUGGAUUACAUAAGGUACAAUGUCUAUGCUACGCCAGAGGAGGUACAACGAGAUGCCGAGUAUGUCGAUAUGCUCAAAUGGCUGAUCAAUUUUACUGGUCCGCCUUGCCACUCAUACAAUGAUAUUGCAUGCCGUCCCCCCGCACACGGACGCAGAUAUAACUGUCGAGGUAUCAAUUCAGACGGCGACGUGGCUAACUUUUGUGAAGUGGAACAAAUAGUACAGAGUCAUGGUCUCACAGGAUCAUAUGUGCAAGUGCGAGGAUCCAUCCCUCUGUUCUGGCAACAACAGGUUGAUAUUCGGUAUAAGCCAUCGAUCACUUUCCCGGUGCAAGAUAUGAAGAACGAAACCUCGUUUGUCAAGCAUAUGGAUAAGCUGUUGCAAACCUAUGGCAAAGUGGUCCUGGUUGACCUUAUAGACCAAAAUGGGGCCGAAUUGGCCCUCGGAAACAAGUUCAGGUCACUCGUGAAGGCGUACAAGAACGAAUUUGUGCGGUAUAUUGGGUUUGAUUUCCAUAAGGAGUGCAAGGGGAUGCAAUGGGGCAAAUUGAGCAUGCUCCAGUCCGAUCUCAUGCCCGACCUGGAAAAUGACGGGUAG